CUCAUACCACAGAUAAAUGUAAUUCACCAAGAAUAUGCACCAAGUGCGGACAACAACACAAAGAAUCAGAGUGCACCACUAGCUUACCACCAAAAUGUUCGGCCUGCCAAUCGACAGAACAUGUAGCAUGGUCAUUGAAAUGCCCAAAAAGACCAUUGAAACCUAUAGAAGGUAUUCCCAACAUUAAAAUACGAUCAAUUAACAAAAAAACCAAUGAAAUGGAUCCUGAAAAAACACAUUUUAGAAACCAAUAUAAACAAAAUCAAUAAUCCCAAAAACAGCAAUAGGCAACAACUUAUUCAAAAACUUCAGAAACGUUUCAUCGAUAACUUCAACAUAAGCACAGUACCCACAUUUAUUGGCAACAGGCUGUAUAUCCUGAUGGUCGAUUUGGAGAAUGAAAACAAACCAGUGGAGGGGUUACAGUUGUACAGGGACAUUCAAACUUAAAUUCUUGUAUUCAAACAUCAAUAACUACAAGAAUAAGAAGGAGCUUAUCAAACACUACCUUGAAUAUAACAACAUAGAUUGCGCUAUGUAUGUGGAAGCAAAAACCAGAGACACAGAUAACACACAAUACAGGGAUUGGAUUAACAUUGUGAAACAUGGAAAUAUUCUGAACACAAAUCUGAGAGGUUGUGCUAUGGUUCAAGCAAAACGGUCAGUGAACAUUGAAAAAAGUAAUCCACCUCAUAUGAACAACCAGUGGAGUGAUGUUCUGCAUUUUACUAUCCCAUUUAAUAAUGAUAAACUCCACUUUUUUCUUGUAUACUUGCAUCACUCCGGUAGACAGAUUGAAGAAAAUUUAUUGAUCAAAGCAUCUCAGUAUUAAUAUUCCAUCAUAUUAGGUGACUUUAACCCAAAUAAUCAAAAAAAGUCACAGAUAAAAAAUUUCCUCAAAAACUCAUACUUCAGUAAAAUAGACACUCCACCAACAUUUCUAAUGGAGAACAAUCCAGACUCUACACCUGAUUUAUUUUUUUGCACAAGAAACAUAAGAAGCAACAUUGAAAACAUCAACCUCACUCCAGACAUUGGAGCAGAACAUCUAGCAAUAGAAUUUACAGUGGAUAUGUUACGAAAACCUAUGGAGUACUCACAGGAAACAAAAAUGCUGUACGAAAAAUGCAAUAUUGGAGAGGUCAACAAACAAGUCUCACAAAUACUUGGAAGCCUGCAAGGAAGUAGAAAUCCAAAAAGGACGAACAUACUGGAGAUCCAUCAAAAAACUGUCGAGAUACAUGACUCACAAUUCCACCCAAUCAAUUCAAGUUCAAGGAAAAACUUUGAUUAAUGAAAGAGACAUUACAAACGCUUUCUCGGAGCAUUUUCGGAAAUCAUUCGAGGAGUCUACUAAUAGCGAUUACGCUGUAGAUCAUAAAACCACUGUAGAAAAUUGGUAUCAAAAUAGUUUCCCAGGCAUAACACAAGAAGAAGAUAUUCCACUCAUCACAGAAGAUGAA